CCCUAAAACCAGAGAAGGAAAGGACUACCCACACGCAUAAUUGGAUUCGGAGUCUUUCUCCUUCUUCUAUCUGGAAGUUAUCUACCUAUGCUUGGGAGCGUCGAGCUUCUCCUCCUUAAGCUCGGUUUUGUCCCUAAAUGCUAUAUAUAUCCAGACCCAUCACAGUCUUCUCCUAUUUCAUGUCUUCAAUCGACAUCACUCUGUCCUCUGCUCCUUGUUGUUCAGAGUGGAACUGGUCUCAAACCCUAACUUUUCUCCAUAUCCUCUUUACAACUCUUCUUGUUUGUUUUCUCCUUUCUCUUUCCGUUCCCUUUAUAGCUCGGGUUUUCACACAGCAUGAGUAACAAGAAGAUGCUAUUAUUUGGGUCAUUCACAGAAGAUGAAACCAAGUCAUGGCUGCAAAAGCCAUCAUCUGAGAAUGAUGAAAAGCCAGUGGAAAAGAAAGAAUUGCAAUUUGGUUCUUUGAAUUUGAUCGAUUUUAGUUCUGCAAAUGGAAAAGUCAGUUUUCAGACUUCAAAUUCACUUAAGAAGGAGAAGGUAGAGCGUGAUUUGGAUGGGGUGCAGGGAAGUCCAAAACAAAAUGGAAGCAUUGGCAAUUUCACCCAUGGCGUUUCCCUUAUUAAUGGUGUGAAAGGCUUAAAAAUGAAGAGCAUAGAUUUCACUUCUUUGCACUUAUCUAAGAAUGAAGAUGGUUCCACAAAUCAAUCACAAAGCUCAAACUUUGAUGUCCUUAAUAGUGAAGGUGUAAGAGAUGGGAAUCUGGAGGGAACUAAAUAUGAUUCACCAGUAUAUGUGAAGAGGGAGGGCAUUCAGAAGCAAACUAAUGGGCCUGUUUCAGCAGUUAAAAGCUUACUACCGCGCGGUUUAAUUAAUUCAGGCAAUUUGUGCUUUCUUAAUGCGUCUCUGCAGGCUCUCUUAUCAUGUUCCCUUUUUGUUCAGCUCUUGCAGGAUCUUAGAAUUCGCAACAUCCCAAAGGUUGGCUUUCCGACAUUAACCGCCUUUGCAGAGUUUGUUUCUAACUUUGACAUGCCGAGCAGUUCCAGCUUGAAAAAGGACACAACUAUGGUCGAGACUGGUAGGCCUUUUAGCCCAGCCAUGUUUGAAUGCGUUCUUAAAAAUUUUACUCCAGAUGUGCCAAAUAGCAUUUCAGGACGACCAAGGCAGGAGGAUGCUCAGGAGUUUUUGAGUUUCAUCAUGGAUCAAAUGCAUGAUGAAUUACUUAAAUUUGAAGGACAAUCUGCUAGCAUUAAUGGUGCCAAAUCAACUCUAGUAUCUUCAAAAGAGGAUGAUGAAUGGGAGACAGUUGGCCCAAAAAACAAAUCUGCAGUAACUAGAACGCAAUGCUUUAUUCCUUCAGAGCUAAGUGAUAUUUUUGGAGGACAGUUGAGAAGUGUCGUAAAAGCAAGAGGAAAUAAAGCUUCCGCAACUGUUCAACCAUUUUUAUUGCUUCACUUAGAUAUUUAUCCUGAAGCUGUUCAUACUAUUGAGGAUGCACUUCAUUUGUUCUCUGCACCAGAAAAUCUUGAAGGGUAUCGGACGGCAACUGGAAAGGCUGGUGUAGUGAGUGCAAGAAAAUCUGUGAAGAUACAAACACUUUCGAAGAUAUUGAUUUUGCACUUGAUGCGUUUUAGUUAUGGAAGCCAAGGUAGCACCAAGUUGCACAAGCCUGUGCACUUUCCUCUUGAAUUGGUGCUGGGUCGGGAGCUACUUGUUUCUCCAUUGACUGAGAGCCGGAAAUAUGAACUUGUUGCUACAGUCACUCAUCAUGGGAGGGAGCCUUCGAAGGGUCAUUAUACUGCUGAUGCCCGCUAUCCCAAUGGCCAAUGGCUACGUUUUGACGAUGCCUCUGUCACUGCAAUCGGGACAAGUAAGGUGUUGCAUGACCAGGCCUAUGUCCUUUUCUACAAACAAGUAUAGGAGGUGAUGGAUAAAGUAUUAAUGGAUAAGAUUAUUGAUCAGCAAGGAACUUUUCUGUCAGGGUUGAAAGGUGCAUUAACCGUCCUGCAUCAAGACCCCAGGGCCAGGGGCCAUGUAGAAUGUAAUAUUACCAACUAGUUCAAAAUAAUCUCUUCCAUAUGAAUAAACCUUCUGAAAGUUUUGUCUCAAGGAAGUGGGGAAGCUUACUUUUCCUGUUUAAGCUUUACAUCUAGGAAUGCAAUUGAUCUGUAAUUUUCUAUUAUAAGCGCUAAAAUGCAUUGGAAGUUAUUGCUGUUUAAUUUAGAUGCUUGUUAUUGUGAAAA